CACCCUCCUCACGGCUCUUCACCACAGCACAGGCUUCUCUUCAGAUCAUUCUACCUCCAUUUCUUCCCCUUCUCCAUUGCUGCCCGUAUAUAUACCCCGCCGUCCUCCCACCGUCCUCCCAUCUCUUCCCACACCAAUCCACUUCCACUUCCUGAUCCCCCUUGAAUUACCGUCAUGUCCCACGUCGUCGUCCGCUCUGUCCCCUUCUCGACCCGCCUCUCCGUCGGCUCCGCAAAGGAACUCGUCGCUCGCGACAAGGCCCGCGCCCAGAAGCUCCUCGCAGGCGUCCGCCCUCAUGGCCCCCUCGCCUACCACGAGGAACGCCAGAAACGUUCCGCAGCCCGCCACCACCACCACGGUGGAGGCUCGACCGGCACCGGCACUGGGUCCACUGGUACGGGUACCGGCACCGGUACAAGCGGCACGACUCCCUCCUCGGGGGGCGUCGGUGUCGAUGUCACCGACGCGGGUGUCACCUACACUGCCAGCGUCGGCAUCGGCUCUCCCGCGACGAACUACACCCUCCUCAUUGACACGGGCUCUUCCAACACUUGGACCGGUGCGUCUGCCCAGUACACCCAGACGUCCACGAGCAAGAGCACCGGAAACACCGUGAAUGUGAGCUACGGCUCCGGCUCGUUCUCGGGCACCGAGUACACCGACACCGUUACCCUCGGUACGGGUCUUACCAUUCAGAACCAGUCGAUUGGCGUGGCCUCCACCGCCCAGGGCUUCCAGGGCGUCGACGGAAUCCUCGGUAUCGGUCCCGUCGACUUGACCAGUAACACUGUGUCGAACACGCCACCGUGCCACCGUCACGGACAGCCUCUACGCUCAGGGCACGAUUACGACCGAGUCGAUCGGCAUUUCCUACGUCCCCACCACCAGCGCGACAGCGGCACGGCCAACGGCGAGCUGACGUUCGGUGGUGUCGAUAGCACCAAGUACACCGGUGACAUCACGUACACGCCGAUCACGACCACGUCGCCCGCGUCGAACUACUGGGGUAUCAACCAGGACGUCACGUACGGACAGAACGGCACGAGCCUCCUUUCCGGCAACGCCGGCAUCGUCGACACCGGUACCACGCUCCUCAUGAUCGCCACCGAUGCGUUCCAGAAGUACCAGAAGGCGACUGGCGCUACACUGGACAGCACGACCGGUCUUCUGAGCAUCACUGAGGAUCAGUACAACAAGCUCCAGUCGCUGUACUUCAAGAUCGGUAGCACCACGUUCGAGUUCACGGCCAACGCGCAAAUCUGGCCGCGCAGCCUGAACUCGACGCUCGGCGGCGAGGCGGGCAAGAUCUAUCUCAUCACCAGCGACCUCGGCAGCAACAGCGGCCAGGGCCUCGACUUCAUCAACGGCUUCGCGUGGCUCCAGCGUUACUACUCCGUGUUCGACACGACCAACAAGCAGGUCGGCCUCGCGACCACGCAGUACACGGACGCGACUUCCAACUGACUCCCUGAUGGGUCGGGCUCGAGCGCACCGGCUGCGGGCGGUGGCGACGCGAGCGGGAGUCCUGGUCAGAAGAAGAGCGGUGGUAUCGGAAGGAUCGUGAGGAAAGCACUUUGUUUGGAGUAGUGUAAGUGAGUCUGUCGGUGGAGAAUGGACAUGGACUUGUGUAGGACGG